CUCAGGUUCCCAAUCAAGACCACACAAAUAGUCCACAUAUUGGAUUUAUCUCUAUGAGACUUAUCCUGAUUUUGAUAUUAGAUGUCAAAACAAAUUUCAUAUCGGCCCAAAGCCCAACAAUAAUUUAUUUUAAUCAAAACAAAUUUGAUUAAUUGAAUUAUUCAUUAAAAAUUUUAGGGUAAGUUUUGGGGCGUUACAAAUCGGGCGUCCCCGAUAAGGGCUCAGCUGAGCCACCGGUGUACCCAAUUCGAUUGGGGUCAGACUUACGAGAAAAUAUGUGCAAGACCGGUGUGUAUAUCAUUCUUGGCCUGUCUCGCGCACAAGAAUGAUAUUUACCAGCGUGCCAGGCCGGGCCUGUGUCACAUAUUGUAAUAUUUUUUAUUAUACUGAGCAAGACCGGUGUAGUAACCAGCGUGCCAGGCCGGGCCUGUGUCUCAGUCUUCCUCUUUUUUUUUAAUACUGAGCAAGACCGGUGUAGUAACCAGCGUACCAAGCUCGGCUUGUGUCUCAGUCUUCCCUCCGAAUUUGUUGAAGAUUGUUGCAUGAACGAUAUACUGCCAUCGACUAGGCACCAUUCUUUAAUGGUACCAAAAAUAUUUGAUACAAUUAAAUGGAGCAGACUCACUUAAAUCGGAAUAUCUUCUGAAAUUUGCUCCUCCAUAUUUUAAUUUCCAUUGUGUGAGAGUUGGCCGCUUCUGAAAUUUGCUCCUCCAUAUUUUAAUUUCCAUUGUGUGAGAGUUGGCCGCUUGUGGUUUGGAUUGAUUUGUACUCCAUGUAGUUGUCUAGGGCCCAUCAUCAUGUGGCUUCCAUUUAUGAAUGGAAGCACAUAUCUUUAUGUAUCUCGCAUGGGCAUUUGCAAGUGGACCCAUGUAAUUGACAAACAUAAGCCUUCACAUGCUCCAUUGUCUAUUUUUGCUGUGUGGAUGAUAUAAACGGCCCCACUACUUAGCUUUGCACUCUUCUCCAAAGAUUUUUUUCGGUUCAUAGCAUGUGGACUAUGAUUUGCAUAUCUUUGAAUGGGCCCCUCAUAAUAAUGAAUAAUUGGGUGUAUGAAAUUAUCCAAUUAAUAUGAAUAAUUGGGCCCCUCAUAGCAUGUGGACUCUUUAUAAUUAUUUGGAUUCAUUCUGCCGAAUCACGCAGCUUCCCCUAGAUUUCUUCUUUCUUGGACACCCAUGGAGGAGCGGCGAGGGGACACCCACAGAGGUAACACCCAUCGAUUUCCCCAUCGUUCUCCCUCGUUUGCUGCGGCGAAGAGUGGAUACUUAGCCGAGGCGGCAAGAGAACUUCACCUGGAGCAGCCCUUCACCGAUGGCGGCGACAGUUUCGGGUUUAGCGAUGGUGAUGAUAAACAAUGGAAAAACUUUUACCAUGGUGAGUUAGCCUCGAAUGAAAUGGUAAUGCGCAGAUCCGACAAAAGUUGCAGUGAUGAACUAUAGCACUGGCGGACUCCAAUUGAGAGUGGCGCACAACAGCCACCUAAGUUUUUGCUGCUGCAGGAGGGGAGGGCAUAUCUAUAACGGCAGAGAACCACGCCUAGAAUACCAGGAUUCCCGACAGGCCGAUGAAAAGGAGUAAAUGACGUCGUGCCCUCUUUUGUCAAAAAGCCCGGCUCGAGAUAAGUCGGACCAGAGCCUCAUGUAAUCCUUGGACACCUCGGAGGCGAGGCCGUCCGGAGGUGAUAGCCGGGGAAGGAAUCGAGGUGCUUCCGGGCGGUGCCAUGGUGGAAGGCGAUGAAAGUGUCGCUGCAGUCGUGGCCGGCGAGAUCGAGGAUGUGGACGUCACCCCGUCACGUUGUGGACCUUUCCUGGAUUAGAAUCCACAGAUUUUCCCUGGCGAUGUGCUUGUGCAGAUGGGUGUAAUCCAGAGAUGGGUGGACUAAUUGUUCAUUGUAUUCUUCUUCCCUCUCCUUUUUUUUUGACGGAAGUCUCAACAUAGCCACACUGGAGAUAAAAUUUUGUUUAAUUUUCCAACGCAACUCUCUUUUCUCUCUCUCUUAUCCUUUGGUAAUGAAGAAACUAAAAAAAAUAUGGCUUUUUGCUCAGGUCCCACGGUCGGCGCCAAAAUGAUGGUGUAAAUUAUCGACCGGUAUACCGUUUUUAGCCCGGCUAAAACGAUAAACUAGUCUAAAAAUACACCAAGAUAUAAACACGGGGAUUUUGACGUGGAAACCCAAAUCGGGAGAAAACCACGGGCCUUUUUUGGCGGUACCUUGCCAACGGGGGGAUUUUUAUUAAUAUUGGGGGUGUAUACACGGUACAUAAUUUAAGCGUAGAAGCCGUUAAUGGAAGCUUCAAAGCUUCUUGAAGAAUGAAAAUACAAGAAUUCUAGAGAGAGAAUGUAAUGGGCAGGGAGAAGAAUGUAAGAAUGGCCUCCUCUUCACAUUGGGGGCACCCCUCCUUUUAUAGGAGGGAGGAGGAGCAUAUUCGAAGGAAUAUUCUCUUAUUUCUCCAUUUUAUUAAACAGGCCCGGUUUGG